AUGUACGACUUCUGCUUCACACCCAUCUACGCCGCGCUGCUGGCCCUUGGCGGUAUCAUCGGCUUCAUCAGCAAGGGCAGCACCGCCUCGCUAGGCGGCGGCCUGGGCUCUGCAGCUGUGCUCUCGGUCUGCACCUAUGUGUCGCUGCAGUCGUACCACCGCGGCCACCUGUGCAGGCCUGCCACGGUCGUCUCGCUAGUGGUCAGCAGCUUGCUUGGGUAUGUGAUGUGGCAGCGGUACAGCCGCACAGGCAAGCUCAUGCCUGCUGGCCUGGUGGCGGGACUCAGCGCCGCCAUGACUGCUUUCUACCUCUGGAACCUGCUGCUCUUUAAGCCCAACCUGCCCGCCCCCAAGCAGCAGUGA